CAACGGUGUGGGUGUGGGUGUGGGAUGUGGGCGCGCUGCACAAAGCUACUGUAAGUAGGCCAAACGAAACAAGCCAUCUCUUCCCAUUCGAUAGGGUCAUUGAUGGGGCAGUAAUGGCACCCGUGUACCCCAGCUCAAGCCAGUGCAUUGCGUUCUUUUGGGUCUCGUCAAUGCCACCAAGCCAGUCCGUCGUCCACAUCAACCCAAGCCUUCCCACCACUGAUUUUUCUUUCCCGCCCACCCUGCGUGCUACCGUCAAACGUCUUUCUGAUAGCUGCCAGCAAUUCAUUCAUCUAUUAACCUGUCCAGCAACCUUUUGCGCGAGUUGCCCACAGGAGUCCCGGGACUGAAUUUCUUGACACAUCAUCCAUUAUAACCGCUGCUGUGCUGCCCUGUUGAACUCUGAUAUCAAGUCGAUUUCCGCAGU